CUUUGGAGAAGCUGAUUUACUUCGGCGACUGGGAGAAAAUGAAGCCGAGCCUGCGAUUUUUCUUAGCUGGUUUUCUCUCUUUGAUUCUGCAGACGGGGCUGUGCCAUGGGAUAAAAUGGAUAGCUCUGUCCAAGACUCCUUCGGCUUUGGCCCUGAAUCAAACCCAGCACUGCAAGCAGCUUGAAGGCUUGGUGGUUUCCCAGGUGCAGCUGUGCCGCAGCAACCUGGAGCUGAUGCAGACCAUCAUCCAGGCAGCACGGGAAGUGAUAAAGACCUGCCGUAAAACUUUCUCAGACAUGAGGUGGAACUGCUCCUCCAUUGAGCUGGCUCCCAACUACCUGCUGGAUUUAGAAAGAGGCACAAGGGAGUCAGCAUUUGUGUAUGCCCUUUCUGCUGCUGCCAUCAGCCACACCAUUGCCAGAGCCUGCACCACCGGGGACCUCCCUGGCUGUUCCUGUGGUCCCAUCCCAGGUGAGACACCUGGACCUGGGUAUCGAUGGGGAGGAUGUGCAGACAACCUCAACUAUGGUCUUAUCAUGGGGUCCAAAUUUUCAGAUGCUCCCAUGAAGAUGAAAAAAUCAGGAUCACAAGCCAAUAAACUGAUGCAUCUGCACAACAGUGAAGUAGGGAGACAGGUCUUGAAAGCCUCUCUUGAAAUGAAAUGUAAGUGCCAUGGAGUUUCUGGGUCAUGUUCUAUCAAGACCUGUUGGAAAGGCCUUCAAGAGCUGCGAGACAUUGCACUGGACCUCAAAAACAAGUAUUUGUCAGCCACCAAGGUCGUUCACCGGCCCAUGGGCACACGCAAAUACCUCGUGCCAAAGGAUAUUGAUAUCAGGCCGGUUAAAGAGACAGAGCUGAUUUACCUGCAGAGCUCGCCUGAUUUCUGCAUGAAGAACGAAAAAGUGGGGUCGCACGGGACCCAGGACAGGCAGUGCAACAAGACCUCCAACGGGAGCGACAGCUGCGACUUGAUGUGCUGCGGCAGAGGCUACAACCCCUACAUGGACAAAGUGGUGGAGCGAUGCCACUGCAAGUACCACUGGUGCUGCUACGUGACCUGUAAAAAGUGCGAGAGGACUGUCGAGAGAUACGUGUGCAAAUGAAAACCCUCCUCUCUCCGCCACCGGGAGCUGAGACGCCGGCGGCACCCCAGCACUAUUCAGAGAAAACAUUUCGCUGUCUAGACGUCGUUUAUCUUGUGAGGACAUGGACUUGAAGAAAGAUGGUAGGAGGGGGAAAAAAAAACCCAUGCCAAAACAAUCGCACCAGUAAAACCGAGACCCUUAAAAAAACCCAACUCGAACAAACCCACGGAUGUUUUCCCCCUCACCAAUAAAAUGUCUUUGAGAAGACAAAACCUCAUUUGGGAUGAUUUCUUCCAAAAUAUUUCCUAUGGUUGUCAAUGACGUCCAGUCAUCAAGUGCCUUAGUAUCUGAGAAACAGUAGAAACUUUCCACCAGGAAGAAAAACAACUUCUGUUUGAAAAUUAUGCUCACACCUGCCUAUGCCUUCUAGCAUGGGUACAUAUUCUGCAUUUGGACCACCCCAGAAGGGAAAACACUACAACUUUUCAGCAAUAACUGCCUUUGUUGCCAAAGACUUAAUUUUUAGCAGGGAAGCAUCCACUCCAGAUGACAAAAGUGGAAAGACUUCAGUCAAUACGCUGAAAUGAACAACUCGUUUUAACUUUUCUUUUACGCAGAUCUGCGACUUUGAAGUUACUGCUGCAGGAAAACCUGUCCUUGAUUUGUCUGGUCUGGAUGGGGUUUCA